AUGACUUCCGGGGGGAAGGGAAGGAAAAGCGAUGAUGCACCGGCACAUUCGAUGGGACCCAAAAUAAUGAUCCGCACGGCAAUCUCCCGAGAACGGAAGGCAGAAAAAAUACUUCACGUUUUUACGACAGAGAAUGGAACUACGAUGUUCUUGAUCAAGUUCAAGGACUCGCCCCUGGUGGAACAGGUUCCAGCUAUCGAGGCCAACGUACGCAUUUCCCAAAUGGUGAUCGACUUCUACAUGGACCGCCUAUCCUUCCCACCGCCCGAAUCCCGGAGAAGCAAUCCGAGAAAGAGAAAAGCCAGCGAGGAUGAUUUAUAAUUAAAUUCAAUU